GCGGCCGCUCGCAGCCAUGCCGGGCCCGGGGCGCUGAGCCGGCCCCGCCGCCGCCCCGCACAAUGGAGGAGGAGAGCAUUAAGCAGAGUUCCCGUUCCUCUGAGGCAGCUGAAGAUGAAAAGGACCAGAGGACAGUGACAGUCAAUCCCUCUCACAUGAGAAAGGCUUUCAAGGUCAUGAAUGAAUUACGGAGCAAGCGGCUCCUGUGCGAUGUGGUGAUUGUGGCCGAGACCGUGGAGAUGGAAGCUCACCGGGUGGUGCUGGCAGCCUGCAGCCCCUAUUUCUGUGCCAUGUUUACAGGAGACAUGUCUGAAAGCAAGGCCAAGAAGAUUGAGAUCAAGGACGUGGAUGGGCAGACCCUGAGGAAGCUGAUUGAUUACAUCUACACGGCGGAGAUCGAGGUCACCGAGGAGAACGUGCAGGUUUUGCUGCCAGCUGCCAGUUUACUGCAACUGAUGGACGUCAGAAAGAACUGCUGUGACUUCCUGCAGUCCCAGCUGCACCCCACCAACUGCCUUGGCAUCCGCGCCUUUGCCGACGUGCACGCCUGCAGCGAGCUGCUGCAGCAGGCCAACGCCUACGCAGAGCAGCACUUCCCUGAGGUGAUGCUAGGAGAAGAAUUUCUUAGCCUUAGUCUGGACCAGGUUUGCAGUUUAAUAUCAAGUGACAAGCUCACAGUCUCCUCUGAAGAAAAGGUGUUUGAAGCAGUUAUCUCUUGGAUCAAUUAUGAGAAGGAAUCUCGCUUGGAGCACAUGGCUAAGCUGAUGGAGCACGUUCGCCUGCCCCUUUUGCCCAGGGAUUACCUGGUACAGACAGUCGAAGAAGAAGCUUUAAUCAAGAAUAACAACACCUGUAAAGACUUCCUUAUUGAAGCCAUGAAAUAUCAUUUGCUUCCUCUGGAUCAAAGGCAACUAAUAAAGAAUCCCAGGACAAAGCCAAGGACCCCCGUUAGCUUGCCAAAGGUGAUGAUUGUGGUGGGUGGGCAAGCACCCAAAGCCAUUCGCAGUGUGGAGUGCUAUGACUUUGAGGAGGAGCGGUGGGAUCAGGUUGCUGAGCUUCCCUCACGGAGAUGCAGAGCAGGCGUGGUGUUCAUGGCUGGCAGUGUCUAUGCCGUGGGGGGCUUCAAUGGCUCGCUGCGGGUGCGCACGGUGGACGUGUACGACGGCGCCAAAGACCAGUGGACGUCCAUCGCCAGCAUGCAGGAGCGGCGCAGCACGCUGGGAGCUGCCGUGCUCAACGACCUCCUCUACGCCGUGGGAGGCUUUGAUGGCAGCACUGGUCUGGCAUCAGUUGAGGCCUAUAGCUAUAAAACCAAUGAGUGGUUUUUUGUGGCUCCCAUGAACACAAGAAGAAGCAGUGUUGGAGUUGGAGUUGUGGAGGGGAAGCUGUACGCGGUGGGCGGCUACGACGGCGCGUCGCGGCAGUGCCUGAGCACGGUGGAGCAGUACAACCCCGCCACCAACGAGUGGACCUACGUGGCUGACAUGAGCACGCGGCGCAGCGGGGCAGGUGUUGGUGUGCUCAGUGGGCUGCUCUACGCCACCGGGGGCCACGACGGGCCCUUGGUGAGGAAGAGUGUGGAAGUCUACGACCCAGGGACAAACACCUGGAAGCAAGUAGCAGACAUGAAUAUGUGCAGGAGAAAUGCAGGGGUGUGUGCUGUGAAUGGUCUCCUCUACGUGGUGGGAGGCGAUGAUGGUUCCUGCAACCUGGCCUCGGUGGAGUACUACAACCCCAGCACAGACAAGUGGACGUUGUUGCCAACCAGCAUGAGCACAGGGAGGAGUUACGCAGGUGUGGCUGUGAUUCACAAACCCUUGUGACACAUGAUCAAGCCAAUGUGAGGAGCAGAAGUGAAGUGGAUCCAGCUAGGUGGUGUUGGGAAGAUGACUGACCUCUGACUUGACCCAUCUCAUUGCUGUUAAUGUCUUAGCAUGACAAGUGAUACGUUGCAAGCAUCAUCCACUCUGCAGUGGAUUGCAUAGCCAAGUGAAAAUCCCUCUGGGGACGUGUUCCAUGCUAGACACGAGGUGUUGCUUGUUAUCUGUGGUGCAAUCAGCUGUUCUUCUCGAUGGCAUGUGUCCUGAGAUAAACACUGUGCUUGGACUGCAGGCACGGGAUUUUUUGUGUGAAACAAAACUGCUACGUUUGGGCAUGUGAGUAAAAACGAACGUUUCUGGAUUUCUUCCCUACUGAUGCUCCGUGCACAUUGCUGGUUGAACUACUUACUCACUGUGCCUGGAGGGUGGACUUUAAUACUGGCAGGGGAAACUCCUGAGUUCCAGCAGAGAAAAAACAGCAGAAAUGGACUGGAACAGGGUGGUCUGGCUCGAGUGUGACGCUGUCUCAGCCAUACGUUUGUACAUGCCACUGGACUGCUGUGUGUAUCCCUGAAAUGCUUGUGGAAAUAAACACCAUGUGGUUUUUC